AUGCUCGUCCGUGCUGAUCGUGCUCGGACAGUUGGUAUUAUCUUCUUCAUACUCUCGAUCAUCGACGCACACAAAGCUCAUGUUCCCACCUGGAAAGCCAACAGCAUAGCUACAAUGAUCCAUGGACCCGAUGAAAUGCUUCAACGAGACCUACACACCAAGAAUCAUGUCCAUUCCUUGAGUGUGGCUAGCGAAACCGUGGCCAAGCUUGAAUGGUUUCCUGAAGGGUAUGCACUCACUGCUGGACAUCAACCUGCAGCCAAAAUUUCUCGACCUACAACACCAGGAAGAGACGAGGAGGAACAUGAGAUGGAUGCUUUGAGGAUCCCCACUACACCGCAAACCCCUGGUUCGAACAUCACUUUGGUCGAGCCACACGUUGUCGGAGGAGCGGAACAAGGCACCAUCCGACCAGUGUCGCCAGCAUUUGCUGGCCCUGGCUGGAGUGAUGUCCAGAUUGAUGAUCCGUCGGAGUCUCCACCCUUGGGUAUCAGAAAGAGUUUGUGA